AUGAAAUUCCAUCUCCUCCUUUUCUUCUUGAUCAGUGCAUCAUUCUUUGGUAUCAAAUGGAAGAAAAGCAAGGGUCAGCCUGACUCUCCCAUUCAUGCGGACGAAAACUCAUUUGAGUUACUGCGGAAAGAUGAAAACAAUGACGACUCCGAUGAUGAAAAUGAAAAUCAAGAUCCUUCCCCGGUCAAUUUACCAGCUCCCGUGGAACACCUACAUACCAAAUAUAUGACCUAUGCUCAUGAUCCCUCCGAUUUUUACACAUCCCCUCCACCUCCACCAGAACCCCAGCCCAAGAAACCCCAACCCAAUUCACAAGGCGGACCGGUCUCCAAGAAAACCCAUUCAAAACCGUCCAAAACUAAGGAAGAAUCUUCCAAGAAAACCCAUUCAAAACCGUCCAAAACUAAGAAAGAAUCUUCCAUUCCUGUUUCUUCCACCUCCGGCAGACGGCGGCGGUGGAUCGGUACGAUUUCACUUCUUAUCAUCAUCUUGGGAGGAUUUCACUCCUUAUCAUCAUCAAGAGCCACUGCUGGGAGAAACGAAGCAGCAUCUAGCAGCACUACUUUGAACAUGAGAAAGCUGGAUGAUGAAACAGAGAAUCUUGCUCAUGAUCGCGUGCCCACUGAGCUGAAGAAAAUCAUUAUGCAUGCUCUACUGGAUAAGAAGCCAACACAGGCUCAACUCGCUCAGAUAAUCAAUGAGAAGCCUCAAGUGAUCCAGGAAUAUGAAUCGGGAAAAGCUAGUCCAAAUCAACAGAUAAUUGGCAAGCCCACUGAGCUGAAGAAAAACAUUAUGCAAGCUCGACUGGAUAAGAAGCUAACACAGGCUCAACUUGCUCAGAUAAUCAAUGAGAAGCCUCAAGUGAUCCAGGAAUAUGAAUCGGGAAAAGCUAUUCCAAAUCAACAGAUAAUUGGCAAGCCCAUUGAGCUGAAGAAAAUCAUUAUGCAAGCACGACUGGAUAAGAAGCUAACACAGGCUCAACUUGCUCAGAUGAUCAAUGAGAAGCCUCAAGUGAUCCAGGAAUAUGAAUCGGGAAAAGCUAUUCCCAAUCAACAGAUAAUUGGCAAGCUGGAGAGGGCUCUUGGAGUGAAAAUUGCGUGAGAAAAAAUAAAAUAAUCCUUGUAUAUAGAUGAUCGUGCAUGGGUUGGAACUUUCUUGUAGACCUUGGAAUCUAAUAACGUGUCAUAGUAAGGUUGCGUUGUUGUAAGAAAAGUUCUGGAGUCGCCCACUCUAGAGUCUCUCCUUUUCUUUCUUGUUUGAGAAAUGACAAUCUGUGUUAUUACCCUGCAUGUGAGAUUGUGCAUAAGCUAGCGUCAUAGUAUUUGCUUGAGAAUAUAUCUGAU